UGACAGGAAAAGCCCGAACUUCUUCUGUGAGAGACCGGCCGAAGCGGGGCCCCCGGGGGACACACACAGGGACAGUGCGGGGCCACACAGGGAGCAGCCGGUCUCUAUCUCCACCCCCCACCCCCGGUAUCGGUUCUGGUGUCAGUAAUAGUGAGGUCCCGGUCUGUAUCUCCCCCCGGUCUCGGUGUCUCCCCUCCCCCCGGUGUCAGUGUCUCGGUUCCGGUUCCUGUCUGUAUCCCGGUCUCGGUGUCCCCCCGGUGUCAGUGUCUCGGUUCCGGUUCCUGUCUGUAUCCCGGUUCCGGUCCCGGAUGGGCCUGGAGUGGAGCAGUCCCGAGGAGAGGCAGGCCCUGCUGUCCCCCUCCGGCCCCCGCGGGCCCCGGGUGUUCGGGCGGCGCUGGCUGGUCCUGCUGCUGUUCUCGCUGCUCGCCUUCCUGCAGGGUCUGCUGUUUAACACGUGGGGGCCCAUCCAGAACUCGGCCCGGGCCGCCUAUGGCUUCUCCAGCCUGGACAUCGCUCUGCUGGUCCUGUGGGGCCCCAUCGGCUUCCUGCCCUGCUUCCUCUUCAUGUGGCUGAUGGACAAGAGGGGUCUGCGAGUAACUGUACUGCUCACGUCGUUUCUAACAGUCCUCGGAGCCGGACUCCGCUGUGUGCCUGUAGCAGACCUGCUUUUUAGGAGAAGGUUGAUCCAUGGUGGGCAGUUACUGAAUGGACUUGCUGGUCCUACUGUGAUGACCGCUGCUCCGUUUCUAUCUACGACCUGGUUUUCACCUGACGAACGUGCCACUGCCACAGCUGUUGCAUCAAUGAUGAACUAUUUGGGGUCAGCAUGUGCAUUUUUGGUUGGACCCUUGAUUGUUCCACCUCCCAACGUUACUUCCAAUCUCCCCCAGGGUCUUGAGCAUUUUGGAACGAUCAAGGACCGCAUCGAGGAAGUGCUGUAUGCAGAGUUUGGCGUCACGGCUGUGCUGUUUAUGGCCAUAGUAGCAUAUUUUCCUUCACGUCCUCCUGUACCACCAAGUGUCGCUGCUGCCAGUCGCAGGCUGAGUUACAGGAGCAGCAUCUGUAAGCUACUCAGCAAUGUGCAUUUCCUGCUGCUUGUCUUGGCAUAUUCUAUACCUCUGGGAUUCUACGCAGGAUGGUAUGGUGUCUUGGACCUCAUUCUGACUCCAGUUCAUAUUAGCCAAGUGGACGCUGGCUGGAUAGGAUUCUGGUCCUUGGUGGGCGGAUGUAUACUUGGCAUAGUCGUGGGAAGGUUCGCAGAUUCCAUUCGUGGUGUGCUCAAGCUAAUUCUCGUUAUACUUUUUUCGGGUGCAACGCUGUCAGCCACUUGGUUCACGUUAACGUUUUUGAGCAAUGUCACCCACCUACCUUUAACCGCAGCUACUCUGUAUACGUCCUGUAUCCUGGUUGGCGUGUUCCUGAAUGGCACUGUUCCCAUAUUCUUCGAGCUGUUUGUGGAGACUGUGUAUCCAAUACCAGAAGGAAUCGCAUGUGGACUUGUGACAUUUCUAAGUAAUGUGUUCAUGGGAGUCCUAUUACUGUUUUUAACAUUUUAUCACACGGACGUGUCGUGGUUGAACUGGUGCCUGACGGGAUCCAGCCUGCUUAGUCUUCUUCUCAUUCUGUGCUUCAGGGAAUCCUACGACAGACUCUACCUGGAUGUGUUUGUGUCGGUGUAAUGACACGUUGUGGACUGGGAACUUGAUACGCUGCACAAUUGUCUGGAUUUGCACAAUACCCAGGAAGGGUCUGACCAGCCACCAUACUGACUUCUAGAAAGAACUGGUACAGAUUUUACUUCAUGGUUCAUUGGAACGCACAAAACUGAAAAUGACCAAUGUGGGAGUAUAUUCUAACUAUAUAGUGAUUGCAUAUUCUGUGGGAGUAAUGUCAUUGUCAUCGGCUUUCUUUAUUGUAACCUGCAAAGGGUCCUCCACUAGUCAGCCACGUUUGGGACUCGGCCUAUUGGAAUAUUCUUUUCAUUUAAAAAAUGAGGAAAUAAGAACUUUUUAACUGUGAUAUUGUCAAAAACCACUUUUAGUUUGCACAUCUCCGUAAUAGCCGAUGUUUUAAUGUAAUAUUUGUCAUAAUCUAAGGGAAAUCAUUUUUAAUUUUCGCAUCUUUGACAUUGAUGGAGAAUGCUCUGACACUUUCCUGCGCAGGAAAUGUGGAGUACUUAGUGGCACCUACUUCUCAAACUGCAUACCGUGGCACGUACUCGCCGAACUGUGUUAAGGCCCGUGGCUGCUCAGGAAUAAUUAUUUUAAUUAUUGUAUAUUUUGCCUAAUUUUCAUCUCCUAUUAAUUUAAUUUAGUCACAUGACAUAGUGGGUGGACACACAGAUUGACAUUUAUUGUAGCCGUAGCACCAGAAACUGAUUCUUAAAAUGUUGUGUAUUGUUUUUAUGUGUUUUAAAUGGCAGCGUUUUUAGUAUGGGUUUACGGUUAUUUUUCUCCGAUCAGCCAUAGAUUCCUGAUAUGUCAAGUUUCCACGUACCUCCUGCGUUUUAUUUGGAAUUGGAGUUCAGUCACCGGCUUUUGCUGUUCCCGUAUCAAUCUGUUUUUGUGCCAUGGAGGGAAAGGGGCUUUAUUACAUAAGGGAAUGGUCACUCCUAAAACAGAAUCUGUGGACAGCUUAUUAAUACCCUGUGCCUGGAGCUCGUCACUGGUGUGAGCAUAAACUGGCUGCAUUGCCUUCUUCACUGUCCCCAUAUCUAGAAUUCACAGCGGGUGGUCACAUUUGGUGGUGUGCACAUUAUUUCCCUGAUUUCGUUUAACAAGUAAAGUCCCUAUUAAUGGCUGAGGCACACAAUAAUGGCAGUCCUGAUUUCCCUUUUUUUUUUUUUUUUUUUUUUUUUUUAUAAACCUGGUAAUGAAACCGUUUUUCUCUUUCCAUUUCGAUGUGUCUGCCACUGGUGUGCACGCUGAAGCCAGCUCUAGAGGGGUCAUAACAGGGGGUGCAGGCAGUGUCCCCAGAACCAAGAGGCUACAUGGACCUCUCUUGGCUUCCGGUUUUAUGGGGUCAUUUCUGUCUUUGUAAAGGUCACAUGUCUAUUCAAAGUGUCCUGUGCUGUUAUUGUCCCAGGUAAAUAUUUGGCCACUUGGUGCUGAAACGAUGUGCAGAGAGCAUCUAUACAGGAAAACCAACGAAACCUAUUAUUAUUAAACUGCUUUUUGUUUGGGUGAGGAGGUUUGUUUUUUUUUUGUUUGUUUUUUAAUUGUGGGUUUUGUUUGUUGAAACUGCAAGAAUGGUUAGUUUGGUGUUUUGAUGGGAUGCAACCAGUAAUAAUGUCUGUCAUAUUAAGCUUUGGAAUUUUCCCUGAACCCAGUCUCCAGGCACAGAGUAUCAUGCUUAGAUCUGUUACGAUCUGUUACUAUCCGUUACUAAGCCCUGUGUGUCUCCUACAGGUUGGCAACGUACAGGGGCGAGCUAGUAGUAGCCAAGCAAAGUCUUGGGAGACGAUUUGAGUGCUUUGGUCAAUAUAUAGCUCUUAAUGCUGCUUUAAUCCCACAUAUAUUUGUUUUUUAUUAAGUGUGUGUGUGUGUGUGUGUGUGUGUCAGUAAAUUUCUGGGAGUUUUUGUUUUGGGGACUAUAAUUGUCCCACAGUGUCUGUUUUGUGUAAUGUUUCCAAACAGAGGUUUUCAUAUUAAUUAAUAUCCUCGUGUCCUGAAUGCUGUUAACCUGAUCACUACUGGAGAGUUAUCAGUUGUUGUGUUUUUUUUUUGUUUUUUUCCACUAACUUUUUCAGUUUACCUUGAAAUAAAAUAUUAAAUAA